AUGAUUAACGACGAUGACUUUUACUUUGACUUCGAUGCGAUCUCAUCACCAAUAGCCGCUCCCAACGAAGCAUUGCCAACAUCCAUGGAGCUAAGUUAUCCUUCAUUCUUCGAAGACACAAACCAAGGCGAGAACGUUUUACCGCUUGAGGGUAUGGAUACAUGGAUGGACAAGAAACGAAAAGAGCCAAUAGGCCGAUCAUACUCCACUCCAGAGAUACAAAAUGUAUUUCCAAUAAUAAAUGAAAUUAAGUCAUUUAACCAACGAAGCCCUAUUACCCAAAAGCCACAAAAGAAGCAACCAAUAGUAUUCCAACCUUUCUCUUCAUUCGAUGCUGCUGAAAUUACUGUUAAAGCAUUGAAAGAACAUGUUUAUACUUCAAAAUCUACUGAUCUCUUUAAGUGGUAA